CAUCACCAGAAACUCUGCAGGAUCUCCCCGUCUCACUCCAGAUCGGAAUAUCUUCAAGUCUUGGUUCCGCUGAUAGUGCUGUUUGCCGGUUCACAGACGGGCUCAUCGCCAUCCAUGGGAACGGGUGGCGAGCAUCGCAGAUCCGCGCAACUCUUUUUUCACUGCUUGGCAUUUUUCUCAGGCGAGCAUUCUGACUUGUGAUCGAGAGGGAGACUAGGACUGCAGCAGCCUUCCAAAAAAAGCUCCUCUCACAUGGAGAUUGGCGCUUCGCUCGCACUGCAAAUCUUCCAUUACGGGAACCAGGGCCCUGCUGAUUUUUUUCUUCAACGCUCCUAGUUUGUAUUCACUCGAUAAAAUGCAAAACGUAACCAGCAGAUGAACUAUGAAUGCUGAACAAAAUGAUCUCCUCCUUCCAGCGCCAGACAAUGAGAAGUCGUAGACUAAAGGGGGCGCUGUCCAACCCCCUCUUUGUGCUACUCCUGGCCCUUCAGAUCUUGGUGGUGGCCGGGCUAGUUCGUGCACAGACCUGUCCUUCUGUCUGCUCAUGCAGUAACCAGUUCAGCAAAGUUAUAUGCACCCGCCGUAGUCUACGGGACGUGCCAGAUGGUAUCUCGACCAACACCCGUUACUUAAACCUCCAGGACAACCUCAUACAGGUUAUCAAGGUGGACAGUUUCAAACAUCUGCGCCACCUGGAGAUUCUGCAGCUGAGCAAGAAUCACAUCCGCAGCAUUGAAAUAGGCGCCUUUAAUGGACUGACAAGCCUGAACACCUUGGAGCUCUUUGAUAAUCGACUCACGACAAUCCCCAAUGGAGCAUUCGAGUAUUUGUCCAAGCUAAAGGAACUGUGGCUUCGGAACAACCCCAUUGAAAGUAUACCAUCCUAUGCCUUCAACCGAGUCCCCUCCCUUCGAAGGUUGGACUUAGGUGAGCUCAAACGUCUCUCCUACAUUUCAGAUGGAGCCUUCAAGAACUUGAGCAAUUUGCGCUAUUUGAAUUUGGGAAUGUGCAACCUGAAGGAGAUCCCGAACAUCUUACCACUGGUAAGGCUGGAAGAACUGGAAAUGUCUGGAAAUCAGCUGACCACCGUCAAGCCUAGCUCAUUUACAGGAUUGGUCAACCUCCAGAAGCUGUGGAUGAUGCAUGCCCAGAUCCAAACCAUUGAGAGGAAUUCCUUUGAUGACUUGCAGUCGUUAGUGGAGCUCAACCUCGCUCACAACAACCUUACCUUCCUUCCACAUGACCUCUUCACACCCCUGCAUCGUAUGGAACGGGUCCACCUUCAUCACAACCCUUGGAAUUGCAACUGCGAUAUCCUGUGGCUCAGUUGGUGGCUAAAGGAGUCCGUACCCGCCAAUACAAGUUGCUGCGCCCGUUGCCACACCCCUACGCUCUUUAAAGGUCGCUACAUUGGAGAAUUGGAUCAUAGCUACUUCCAAUGUGAUGUUCCCGUCAUCGUAGAGCCACCCUCCGAUUUAAAUGUGACAGAGGGCAUGGGGGCAGAGCUCAAAUGUCGUACGAGCUCCUUGACAUCCAUCAGCUGGCUCACGCCCAACGGCUCCCUGGUGACACACGGGGCUUAUAAAGUGCGACUGUCUGUGCUCAAUGACGGCACACUUAACUUUACCAGCGUCACGAUGCAAGACACCGGCACGUACACCUGUAUGGUCAGCAACACGGCGGGCAACAUCUCCGCCUCCGCCGUGCUCAACGUCACUUCUGUGGAAAACAGCGGGGUGACCUAUUUUACGACAGUCACAGUGGAGACCAUUGAGACCCCAGGUGACGAUGGCCACACUCCGCUGCCCCCAUUUGGUUGGGUGUCCUCCUCGACCACAAAAACCACCCCGGUUCCAACGAGGACCACGGAGAGGACUUACACCAUUCCGGUUCUCGAUUUGGAUGGAGAGGGAGCCCUCAACGGCCUGGAUGAGGUGAUGAAAACAACCAAGAUCAUCAUUGGCUGCUUUGUGGCCAUCACACUUAUGGCUGCUGUGCUGCUCGUUAUUUUCUACAAAAUGAGGAAGCAGCAUAACCAACAGGAUCCCGAUGGCCCAGCCUCCUCUAUGGAAGUCAUUACCGUUGAAGAAGAGCUUGCAGGUGUUGCUGCUAUUGACAGACACCUAUCGCUGCCCCCACUGGAGCACUACAACCACUACAACACCUACAAGAGCACUUAUCAUCACCCCUCCAUGCUCAGUACCAUGCACAGCUCUACCACACAGGAACAUUUAUUGAUUCAAGCCUGUUCAAAAGACAACGUACAAGAGACCCAAAUCUGAUCCUGCAUUUCACAUACGGUGAAACAUGGAACAUGAGCAGUUUUAGGAAAACAAAGAAAAAAAAAAUACACUGCAAUAUGACAUUAACACAGCAAUGACAGUGAUAAAUCAACAUUUGACAAAGGGACCACCAUUGAUACUUUAUUAAGUGUCUUUACAAAAACAAAGAUUAUUUAUUUAAAAACGAUGUCUGGUGACUAAAGACAAAAACUAAUUGUGAUAGCUUUUUAGCUUGUUUUCCUUUCUCGUUUAUCGCUCUCGCUCCAUCUCGCUGUAAUAUGGCACGAGGAAAAGAAUGGUUUGCCAAAUGUGAAUAUGGAAUGUAGGUCUUAAACUGAAACGAAUACGAGGUCAUUUCAUUUUGGUAUUUGCUCGCAGCUGUUAUGUUUUUGUGUGGGUCACUGUUUCAGUGUUUACAAGCAUUCAUUUGCUCGUUGUUCAGCGUACGCUGUCCACAUUGAGGCAGCCGUCUAUACGAUUCCCACCACGAGACGAGUUAAUUUUCAUCAUUAUGCUGUUCUAACCGCCAUUCGGGAGACUCUUUUGAUGGAAAAGCUUGUGAUGAUAUCACAGGGAAGCCUGUGUGUCUGAAGACGAAAGCAGUCAAAUUAGUGUAGGCGUUUUCCCCGUGGCGCCUAAUAGCAGCCAUAUAGAUCAUCUCAUUGUAAUAAAAUGAGUAGCACCUCCAUUGACUUAUUACUUAAACUCCAAUUCUUAAUGAGGUCCUCCUGUUCGUUUUCUCCCGUUUAUCAAUCUGCCCACAUAAUCCCUCCCCUUCUCGUUUACUCCGUGUCCUCAUGGUUGUCCUUCUCGGGCUGUCGCCGCUGCUUAAUUCAGGGACAUUCCCCACCCCUUGCCAUGUCUCAUUUGUCUCGCGUUAGCCGUCGGCAUGUGUCGCACGACGGCAGAAUAUUGCUUGAGAAAAUGAAGGGCAGCAUAAGGCAGCAGUCAGUAGUCUCCCUUUUAACCCAGUUAUGAUGUAUGUCCAUGCAGUGUCGCGUUACCUCGCCAUCACCCUGGGGUCACACAAGCUCAUGUGCUGAUAGUCCAUCUGUUGGUCCAGAUAAAGAGGCAAAUGAGGCAGCUUUGUAAUGUAGUGUGACCCUGUCGGACCAAUGCAGACAGGGCUAACAGACUCAGUGAAGCAGCAAGGGACCUGGCACAAAAAAGGGGAGAUGGGUUACGUCUCAUUAAACUGCAUCAGCACUUCAUUUGCAGACCAACAGUGGAAAACUGAUAACCAAACAGCAUUAGACUUUUUCGCCAUCGGUUUGCAGAGCAAAGCAGGGCUUAAGAACUUUGCUGUGGAAGCAAACCCUGCUGCUCUGUGUCAUUGUUGUCUGACAAAAAAAAAAAAAAAUGGAUACACUUUGAUGCUGCAUCAUGUAUAAUCCAACAGAACAUUGUCGAGAUGCUAAUUUUAUUCCGUUUUUCGAAAAGGUAAAAGGGUGCACAGUGGGUCUGUCGAGCAGGGAUAAACCCACAACGGUCACGAGGGGUCUUCAAACAGAAAUGUAGAGGAUAUGAAGGAAGAGGAAUCAAAAAUAGAUAAGGUAUAAGGAGGCAAAACUAGCCAUCAGACUGUCACCAUGGAAACGGUGACCUUGUGCAAAAACUAAGAUGUGGUAGAUAAUAGAUAUGCCUUUCACUUGUCUGUAAUGGUCGUCUGUUCAACAAGCUUACUUUGAUUUCCCAGGGAAGAUAACACAGGACCAGCGAUUAUUUCUAACCAUGAAAUAAUGUAAUGGGCAUUUAAAGAUGGAAUAAUAGAAUUCGAGCAACAUAUGACAUCAUCAUCGCAGAGCACUCUGCAGCUUCAUGUUUUUAAAUGAAAUAAAGUGAGGCCUGAUUUGAAAAUGUGACCGCUUUAUACUUACGGCUGCCCUUCCUUUCUUGCUUUUAAAUUCAGUAAGGGCUGCAACCAUAUAGCUUAUAGGAGGAAUAUAAUAAAGGCCCAUCGCUCAAAAACUCAUCUGCGUCUAAUCAGUUAGUCACACGCAUUUUUUUUCAUUCGUUCUCAGUAACACAUUUGAUGGAAGCAAAAUAUACAUUAGGAGACCAAUGUGUGGGUGCACACUGCAGAAAUGGAUUACAAAUGUCCGCCUUUCUGCUGGCGUUAUGAAAGAUGAGGGCAUCAAUAAUAACCUGAAAUGUGUGAACCAUUCUUUCCCUUUUCCGGUUUUCUGUUUUGGUGCUCAGUUUCUUUUCACUGCUGUUGGUGACUUUUUGAUUCAAUGUUGACGCUGGCUAUAAUUAAAACAGUUGGGAUUUUGUAUUCGUAUGUAUUUGAGAAUGAAGGGUUGAGAUUUUUUCUAAUUUUUCAGAUUUAAUGGAUUUUUUUUUUUUUUUUUUGCUGCAUUGGUAGUAUUAUUACGUACGUGAGCAAACUGUCCCGAUGUGGAGGCUUGUUUUGGGACAAAACUAAGACUGCUGUGUCUGAGUGUUGGACAUGAAAUACCAGCAGUGUGAGCUUGAUUUUUGUGCAAAACCCGAGCCAAGGUGAUACAAUUCGUCUGAGUUAUUCUGCCAACUGUGUACGUCUGGAGAGGGUUACUGGAUGUAGGAAUACAUUCUCUCUCAUUUUUGGAGAGAACAACCGUCAAAUUGUUAUGUUUCUACAAAAAAAAAAAAAAAAAAAAAGAAUAAAUAAUAUUUUCAAAAAGGUAUUGCAAAAAAAUAUUAAGCUCAUAAUUUUACAUGUGCUUCAAUUGUUUAAAAAAUGUUGAAGAAAAAAUAAGGGUGGGGGAUGGUUGAGGGAAUGGGAGCAGCAAGAGACUGUGCUUGUAAUAAGUUCAGCUAAUUUCUCUGCAGAUCAUGUCCACCUAUUGAUACCUGAGAUUGUAGUUCAUACUGUACAUGAAUAUGAAUAAAAUGCUUUUUUUUUUUCCUAA